UCUCUGUCUCCAGCGGGACAGGCUAUACAGACAAGCCUGGUGUCCACAUGGAUUUUGUAUGUUGCGCAGUUUAAAAGUGAAGGGUGUGUGGAGACAAAUGAAUUCGGUUCAGUCAGUCGUCCUGAUAAGCCCUUCCGAUAAAGUUUAGCAACAGACGCAGCAUGGCACUAGUUCAAACUUGUAAAAGAAAGUGAUGUUUAUUUCGAUGGCCGACGGAGAAAUUACUUGUAGUAUUGGUCACCAUCUUCAAUUUGUUCCAUCUCACUUGAUUUUAUUACGAGUAGGAUAGCAGCCUACACGAUAAAUAACUUGUAAUAGUGGUAGUAACUGUCGGGAUGUCACCGUGAUACAGUCUACACUGCUCAAUGGGGAGAGUUUGCGCGGCAAGCCGACAUCACAACAUUUUUAUUUAAUUUAACAAGGAAAGUCUGUUAAGAACAAAUUAUUAUUUACAAUGACGGCCUACCCCGGCCAAACCUGGACGACGCUGGGCCAAUUGUGCGCCGCUCUAUUGGACUCCUAAUCACCGCCGGAUGUGAUACAACAUGGGCCACAUCAGUGUCAUCGCUCCUGCUGGAGGUGGAAGUAGAUAGAUAUAGUGUAGCCAAUAUCAGGUCAGGGUGAAAGCUAAAGCACAUUCAUUGUAGUGGUUUUCGCCGAAAAUGUACAACUAUGGCAUUAAUGUCGGUCUAAAGAGACAUUUAUAUCUAAAUAAAUAAAUAACACUAUUAGUCCGGUAGAACGGAAUGAUUCUGAACACUCCCACGUCCCAACUUCGACAGACACGUUUCAAAUGAUCACUGACAUUUCUAGACAAAAACAUAAAUCCGCUAACUGAGAAUCAGGAUGACUGACUGAACCGAAUCCGUUUGUCUCCACUCGACUCUCAACUGCGCUCCAAACGUCAUCAAUUUAGGCACCCGGCGUACGCGUAUAACCUCUCCCGUCGCGGGCUGAACCACCUGGUUUUCUGAAUGAAACCGUAGCUCGCCUCCCGCUAUAAAUAGAACUGACAGGGCUUGACGUCACCAUGGAAGCCGCAUCGCGUCGUUUUGUUCCGUGCUGUUGUGGCUGCAGAUUAUUUUUUCCCCCGAAGCGCUUUCGGAUGGGGACGGACGGAGUACUUCUGAAGGCAGCCCGAACAAUCAAGCUAGAUACAUAGUAGUGGUUAUUGUUACAUUGGGAGAAAAGGAUUAACGUUCAACAAGCUGGGCCGUGAUACCAGUUACGAAAUGAUCUUGCAGUAUUUGCCUAGCUAGCGGCGAGCGAUUCUUAUUUGUACAGGAGCCAUCGAGCUACCUGCAAUUAUUGAAUCGCACUCUGAACUCCUGCCUGUAGUUUUGGUUGACCAGAUCACACUCACUCAGCCCUAGAGAACGGGCCCUGAACAAUAGUAUGGACUACGAGAGACCCAAUGUUGAGACCAUUAAGUGUGUUGUGGUGGGGGACAACGCCGUAGGGAAGACACGGCUGAUCUGUGCUCGGGCCUGCAACACCACUCUGAACCAGUACCAACUACUGGCCACACACGUCCCUACGGUCUGGGCUAUAGACCAGUACAGAGUGUGUCAAGAGACCACAUGGAUAAAUGGACAGUUAAUUGGAUAAUGACAGCUGAGUGACAUGGCACAGAUCUGCAAACAUUGUUAAUCUCCAAUCAACAUUAUAGAACCCUAAACUGAGGAACUGCCUCUCUAACAGGAGUACAAUCUCCAUAACUUCACCGACUCAAUCAGUGUGUUGGAGCGCUCCAGGGAUGUGGUAGAUGAGGUCAGUGUGUCUCUCAGGCUGUGGGACACCUUUGGCGAUCAUCAUAAAGACAGACGCUUCGCAUACGGAAGGUCAGACGUGGUUGUGCUGUGUUUCUCCAUCGCCAACCCCAACUCUCUGCAUCACGUCAAGACCAUGUGGCACAUGGAGAUCAAGCACUUUUGUCCCAGGACGCCUGUCAUCCUGGUGGGUUGUCAGCUGGACCUGCGUUACGCUGAUCUGGAGGCCGUCAACAGGGCCAGGAGGCCACUAGCCAGGCCGAUAAAGCCCGGAGACAUCCUUCCUCCAGAGAGUGGCCGGGAGGUGGCCAAGGAGCUGGGCAUCUCCUACUAUGAGACCAGUGUGUUCGACCAGUUUGGUAUCAAGGACAUCUUCGACAAUGCCAUUCGAGCCGCGCUCAUCUCCCGUCGACACCUGCAGUUCUGGAAGUCCCACCUCCGGAAGGUCCAGAAGCCCCUCCUCCAGGCGCCCUUCCUGCCACCCAAAGCACCGCCCCCUCUCAUCAAGAUUCCAGAGUGUGUCAUCAACAACGGGGAGGGUCCUGGCCUCCUAUUGGACAGUCCUCUUUGUGCUGACGUCAUGUUCAUCCUCCAGGACCACAUCCACCUCUUCGCCCACAAGAUCUACCUCUCUACCUCCUCCUCCAAGUUUUAUGACCUGUUCCAGAUGGACUUCAGUGACGAGUCCCAGUGCCUGGUGGUGACGGAGCGGCAUGCCCGGGACUCUCUCCUCAGGACCCUUAGUCUGGACACAGAGGAGGACGUGGCUGUGCUCCCCAACCUCUCCCCCUGCUCCCUCCGGGCCUCUAAGAGUGACGGCACCCUGAAGAUGAUGAGCUUCUCUGGUAAGCACCGGCGCACCAAGCUGUCCUUGGCCUCCUGGAGCAAGGCCUUCUACAGCAUCCACAAGGAGAGUGUGACCAACCCUGUGACGGGCUCCCCGGCUCACAUGACGGUGGUGAAGAUGGACUACUCCAUCCAGCUGGGUCCGUUCAGUGCCGUGUUGAGGUUCCUCUACACUGGGGAGCUGGAUGAAGAGGAGCGGGAUCUGAUGAAGAUCGCCCAGAUCGCAGAGGUCCUGGAGGUGUUUGACCUGAGGAUGAUGGUGGAGAACAUCAUGAACCAUGAAGGCUUCAUGAACCAGGAGAUCACCAAGGCCUUCCACGUCAGGAAAUCCAACCGCAUCAAGGAGUGUCUCAACAAGAACACCUUCACAGAUGUCACCUUCAGGUUGGAGGAUGGAACCAUCAAUGCUCACAGACCUCUGCUCAUCUCCUCCUGUGAUUGGAUGGCUGCUGUGUUCGGAGGAUCCUUCAUGGAGAGUGCUAACAACGAGGUCUCGUUCCCAGGCACCAGCAGGGUGUGUAUGCAGGCUGUUCUGGAGUAUCUCUACACCAAUCAGCUUUGUCCCAUGGCAGAGCUGGACCCUAUGGAGUUGACGGCCCUGGCUAACAGACUCUGUCUCCCCAGACUGACUGCUCUGACAGAACACUAUGCUGUGAGUGAGCUGGUGAAAGCCUCCAAAGAUGGACAGGAUAUAGACGGCGAAGUACUCACCUAUCUGGAACUGGCUCAGUUCCAUAAUGCUAACCAGUUAGCAGCUUGGUGCUUACAUCACAUCUGCACUCACUACAACAAUGUCUGUGCCAACUAUCGCAAAGAGAUCAAGGCCAAAUCUGCAGAGAACCAGGAAUAUUUUGAGAAGCACCGCUGGCCCCCAGUGUGGUACCUGAAGGAGGAGGACCACUACCAGCGGGUGAGGAAGGAGAGGGAGAAAGAGGACGUGGUUCUCAACAAACACCACAGCAGACGACGUUGGUGCUUCUGGAGCACCUCCCCUGCCGUGGCCUGAGAAGUCUGAGAAGGGUCUGCCUAGCCCCAAACCGCCCAGGGAAUCUGCCUCCUGCCCCGUGCUCCAGCUUCUAACCCUGCACCCCGCAAAGAGGUCCCAACAACACACGCUGUACCAAUGUUUUACUGCUAGAUCAUCUGAGCAUCAAAACAGGAAAUAACUAUCUGACGAUGCACUGUCAUGUGCCACCCUCUUCUAUUGAUGAACUGUCAGGUCCUACCCUCUUCUCUUGAUGAACUGUCAGGCCCCACCCUCUUCUCUUGAUGAACUUUCAGGCCCUACCCUCUUCUCUUGAUGCACUGUCAGGUCCUACCCUCUUCUCUUGAUGCACUGUCAGGUCCUACCCUCUUCUAAUGUCAAUACACUGUCUGGUCCUACCCUCUUCUCUUGAUGAUACACUGUCUGGCCCUACCCUCUUGAUGAUACACUGUCAGGCCCUACCCUCUUGAUGAUACACUGUCAGGCCCUACCCUCUUCUCUUGAUACACUGUCUGGGCCUACCCUCUUCUAUUGAUGAACUGUCAGGCCCCACCCUCUUCUCUUGAUGAACUGUCAGGCCCCACCCUCUUCUCUUGAUGAACUGUCAGGCCCUACCCUCUUCUCUUGAUGCACUGUCAGGUCCUACCCUCUUCUCUUGAUGCACUGUCAGGUCCUACCCUCUUCUAUUGUCAAUACACUGUCUGGUCCUACCCUCUUCUCUUGAUGAUACACUGUCAGGUCCAACCCUCUUCUCUUGAUGAUACACUGUCUGGCCCUACCCUCUUGAUGAUACACUGUCUGGCCCUACCCUCUUGAUGAUACACUGUCUGGCCCUACCCUCUUCUUUCGAUGACACACUGUCUGGCCCUACCCUCUUCUCUUGGUGAUACACUGUCAGGUCCAACCCUCUUCUCUUGAUGAUACACUGUCUGGCCCUACCCUCUUGAUGAUACACUGUCUGGCCCUACCCUCUUGAUGAUACACUGUCUGGCCCUACCCUCUUGAUGAUACACUGUCAGGUCCAACCCUCUUGAUGAUACACUGUCAGGCCCUACCCUCUUCUCUUGAUACACUGUCUGGGCCUACCCUCUUCUAUUGAUGAACUGUCAGGCCCUACCCUCUUGAUACACUUUCAGGCCCUACCCUCUUGAUGAUACACUGUCAGGUCCAACCCUCUUCUCUUGAUGAUACACUGUCAGGUCCAACCCUCUUCUCUUGGUGAUACACUGUCAGGUCCAACCCUCUUCUCUUGAUGAUACACUGUCUGGCCCUACCCUCUUGAUGAUACACUGUCUGGCCCUACCCUCUUGAUGAUACACUGUCUGGCCCUACCCUCUUGAUGAUACACUGUCUGGCCCUACCCUCUUCGCUUUGGUCCACAUGAAUAACCUCCACAUGGCAGGGCUCUACAGAGGGUACAUUUUACUUACAUUUUGCGCCUAAAUAUUUUGCUGUGCAACCUGGAAUUUGAAUUUAGGAGCACCAGUGCACCUAUAAAAAUGAAGUAUUCUAGCUACAUUGUUCAACCUGUCAACGUAGUGUGGUAUGUGCUUUCUGUUAGACAGGUAACAUUAUGGAUGUAAAUUGUGAUUGUUGAUGUUAGCUGCAGCCACCGACACCAGCCCUGGAUCUAAGUCUGAAUCAUAAAUUAUGCAAAAAUAACUCUGAACCUGAUUAAACACAGGACCUGUUCAUAGACGGUGCUUCAUGCAGCAUAUCAACAACAACAACGUUGAAAGUACGUCUUGUGCUCACUGGGAUACCGAUACAGCUCCAGGGAUAAACAGAGCUCCUGAUUGAAUCGAUCCCCAGGUCGGUAUGUUGAACCCAGCUGGACGUGUUUCUCUGUAUUCUGAAACACCUGUUCCUUUACCCACCUGGUGAUGGUAAAGGGGAAACUCUAUACUUGAAAUCAAUGUGUUUUUAUUCAUCAGCUGUAUAGUAGGCUUUCUUUAGUUAACCAAAGCCAUAACUAGUCAGUUUAUCAUAUUUUAAUAUAUAUACCAUGUGAUUAUUUAUUUGUUGGUGAUAUUUACUAUAGAAACCAAGUGGCUGGUUCUCUUGGUUCCUGCUGUCAAAGGUCUUUGAUCUAGCUGCUCAUCAUCCUUCAUCUUCUUUAUAACCAAGUGGCUGGUUCUCUUGGUUCCUGCUGUCAAAGGUCUUUGAUCUGGCUGCUCAUCAUCCUUCAUCUUCUUUAUAACCAAGUGGCUGGUUCUCUUGGUUCCUGCUGUCAAAGGUCUUUGAUCUGGCUGCUCAUCAUCCUUCAUCUUCUUUUUCUUAUUUAAAGGGAAUGUUGUUGAAUAAAUUAUUUGACUUAAUUGCUUUAUUCUAGUUUUCCUUUGAAGUGCCCAGUGUAUAUCCUAGGGUCUGGACUGUUGGUCUAAAGGUUAAUGCAGACAAUAUGUACUGUUUCAAUCCUCAUACUGAGACGAGCCUGAGUGCCAGUCUGUUCCUGCUAAUAUGUUUGGGUUGACAAUUCCAUAAGGAGUUGGCAAGAGAGCAGAAAUGUUUGUUUCACAUACCUGUCAAUAAUACUAUAUGAAUCAAAUUCAGAUGUAAUGUUUGUUUCACCUAUUAAUAAUGCUAUUGUAAUCAUGGGUUUAUGCUUUUGAGUGGAGCACCAUCAGCUGAACCCGUCAUGUAGAACAAGUUAUUCAACUGAUUAGAGUUCAGUACAACACUAUUAUAUAGAAGGAUAUGUUGCUGUUAUGAAAGUGUAAACAUCAGAGGGAGAGAAAGGUUUGGCAACAACCACUCAGCCUCACUCUGUCAGGAGAGGAGGGGAGGGGAGCAGAGCAGCCUGUACCCAAGCUGUCACUCAGCCUCACUCUGUCAGGAGAGGAGGGGAGGGGAGGGGAGCAGAGCAGCCUGUACCCAAGCUGUCACUCAGCCUCACUCUGUCAGGAGAGGAGGGGAGGGGAGCAGAGCAGCCUGUACCCAAGCUGUCACUCAGCCUCACUCUGUCAGGAGGGGAGGGGAGCAGAGCAGCCUGUACCCAAGCUGUCACUCAGCCUCACUCUGUCAGGAGAGGAGAGGAGGGGAGCAGAGCAGCCUGUACCCAAGCUGUCACUGAGGAGCCAGACCAACACUGUAUACAUAACAGCUUUGGAACACAAUGUCACAUUCUAUUAUUAGUAAUGAUCAUCAUUAUAUUGCCUGGUGAUUCUAUAACCAAUGUCAACAUGAGUGUAUUAUAAUCAACCUACAAUAAAAGUAAGUUGUAGUUCCAGUA